GCGGUAGUGGACUUGAUGCAUAAAAUAACUAAUGAACUUGUGACGUAAUUAUCGUGCGACACGGAGAAACCACGCGUGUUGUCAAGAGCUAAACCCAAAGCCGUUUAAAUACAGUUUUCCUUGCUCUUGGUCCGUGUGAGGUCGCGCAAAUGGGGGAACGUAGCCGACUGUGCUCCGUCUGGUUAGGCUCGGAGACAGGUAUCCUGAAAGGUGUUAGUGUGUCCAGGAAACAGGCCUUUAACUUCUGCAACACGAGUCAUCUGAGCCGUGACCAGGAGGUCCGGGCUCUGUGCUGGAUGGAUCCGUCGCAGAGCGAGCUACUGGUGGGUUCCGUGGACGGCAACGUGAAAACAUUCAGUACUGAAAAGGGCGAGUUCACGGAGACACGGUGCUGUGGGGACCCGGCGGAUGGCUGCUUCGUCGGACUGGCUGCGAUCGGCGGCUCCACAGUGGUCACUUGUGCGGAAAGCGGUGUGUUGAGGGUCUGGAGGGAGGACAGCAGUGAGCCCAGCACCGAGCUGGAUGCUGGGAAGAACGUGUGCAGGAUGCGACAGAGCCCGAUUCACCCCAACAAGGUUGCGACAGGGGGGAAGGAAAACGGACUAAAGGUGUGGGACCUGGAGAUUCCGGAGAAACCCGUGUUCUCUGCCAAAAACAUGCGGGACGACUGGCUGGACCUACGGCGGCCACACUGGGUCAAAGACAUGGCCUUUAUCCCGGACUCCGAUAAAUUAGUGACCUGUACAGGCUUCCACCAGGUCCACAUUUUUGACCCGUCCACACCUUGUCGUCGCCCUGUCCUUGAGGCCGAGUUUGGCGAAUACCCACUCACAACUCUGUCACUGCCCUCAUCUGGAAAUACUGUGGUAGUGGGAAACACCCAUGGUCAGAUUGCCCUGUUGGACCUGAGAAAAGGUCUUGUCCGAGGCUGUCUGAAGGGGCUGUCGGGGGGCGUGAGGGGGCUGCAGUGUCACUCCUCCCAGCCAGUGGUGGCCUCCUGUGGUCUGGAUCGCUUCCUCCGUAUCCAUAACCUGGAAGACCGUAAGGUGCAGCACAAAGUUUACCUCAAGUCCAGACUCAACUGUCUCCUACUGUCCAGCCAGGACCUGGAGAUAAAAGGAGCAGAGGAGGAAGGGAGCAAGAACCAGGAGGUGAAGAAGGAGGAGGAGGAUGAAGAUGAAGUGUGGGAUACAAUGGAGAAGGUGGAAGAGGCAGGGGACAAGUUAAAAAGGAAAGUUGUGGAAAUAGAUGUGGAGGAGGAGGUUGAAGACAAAGAUGAAGAAGCACCACAGCCCCAACAAAAGAAGAGUGAGAAGAAAAUGAAUAAAAAGAACAAGACUAAGUGAAUCACAUGAUGGUGAUUAUUUUGUUCACCUCUAUUAGAUCUUAAGAAAACUAAGGUGUGCCUUCAAACAAUCUAAAGACAAAUACAAACACCAAGGAAAAAAAACUCUUCUGCAUCUGCAGUGUUUUCUAACCUUGAAUCUUUAAAACAAUAUUUUCACAGCUGUAUUUUUAAUUCAAAUAACUAUAAAAUACUGUUGUUAUUGAUCUCUGGUUUUCUAGAUGUCAUUUCUCCACCUCAUCUGUCCUAAUGUUGGCUCUUUCCUGGGUUCUGUGUUAUAACUUCAUUGACUCGGACAGAUCAUUUAACACGGUGGGAUUAUAUUUAUUCAGCAGUGACAAGUUAUUCAUGAAAACACACACACAAGUUACAUAGAAUGAAAUGUUUAAGUCUUGUGUCAGAAAUUCACACUGCUUCAGUCUGAACUCAAACACUACACACUAAGGGCAGACAGUGAACUGGUGUGCAUGUAAAACAUUAAUGUAAGAAAACAAAGUACAAAUGCCACAGGAAACAAAGGAUGGACCUCAGAUCAAAGAUAAAUCCAGGCAGGUCCUUGAAUGCAUGACCCACAGGAUCUGUGCCGCACAAAUGGUUUGUUUAAAUCAGAAAUGUGAAGGCUCUCCACUGUUAUUGGAUGUCAGGACUCCAACCAAUCAGAGCACAAUUCCAACAUCUUCAGGUUAAACAUCCAGAAACAGACAAGUCCAGUCCACAGUGGGCUCCUCUCAUGUCCCAGUGGUUUUGUGUCCUUUUUGCAGUCUGGACCAAAUGUUCUCAGAUACAUCAUGGUAGAGUUCUCAGGAACCAUGGGUUAGUGUUUGUUAACGCAGAGCAUGCUGCUGUCCGGCCUCCACAUACAGGGGACGCUGCAGGUGCAGUCUAAAUGUUUAGGUUUAUGAAUUCAGUGAAUUGAAAAACAAAAACCCAACUUUUUAAAUAUAUCCAACUCAGUCAAAAACAUUUUCUGAAGAGGACAAGUUUAUCUGGACUGAGAGAAUGCAGCAGUUCUGGACAGUGAAGACAGACUGAAGAAGUGACUUUUUUUUUUUUUUUUUACAAUUUUUCCACAUCUACAGUUAGAUUUUACAGGUUUCAUUAGUUUGUUUAUAAUAGAAAUGUUUGUUUUCCUGUAAGAGUAAAUACAUGUGAGCAGAUUGCAUGUAAUCAGGUGAAAGAAUAGAAGUCCUUAAUCCCUGGGUGGACCCAGUCCACCUGACUACAGCAGACCGCAGGUCCAUUUCUACUCACAAGGCUUUUAGAAUCAACGGUUCUGGGCUCUGACCUCAAACCUGGGGAAAUGAACAUGAAGUUCCAUUCAAGUCUCUCUUCAUUGACUUGGACUUGGACCAGAUGCGAAGACUUUAGUUAUAUAGACUCUAAAUGAAGAACAUUACUCAGCUGUUUUAGAAUGAGUUGGCAUGUUGACCUGAGAGUGGCGCUACUAAACAGUCUGAUCAGACUGACAUUGGAUCAGCUGUAGUAGUUCAUCACCCUAACAAAACAAAACUCUAACUCAAACCUGAUCACACACCUCCCUGAUCCAGUCGAGUUUCAUAUAAUCAGCCUUAAACAGAGCUACAUUACAACAAUAAUAAAUAAAAGUGUUUCAUGUCUAUUGGA